UCUCCUCGAUUCAAUUCGACAAACGAUAUCGUCUGCACCGCAACUCUUCAUUGUUGUGUCCUUCGGAGCACCGCCAUGGCCGCCCCAGCUAAGGUUGAGAAGACGGAGGAGGAGUGGAGAGCCGUCCUCUCCCCCGAGCAGUUCCGCAUCAUCCGCCAGAAGGGCACCGAGAUGCGAGGAACUGGAGAGUACAACAAGUUAUAUGAAGAGGGGAUCUAUAACUGCGCAGGGUGCGGGACGCCUCUCUACAAGUCCACCACCAAGUUUGAUUCCGGCUGCGGUUGGCCUGCCUUCUACGAAGGUUUCCCCGGUGCUAUAAACCGCUCCCCUGAUCCAGAUGGUCGGAGAACUGAGAUAACCUGUGCAGCUUGCGGUGGCCACUUGGGCCAUGUGUUCAAGGGCGAGGGCUUUCCCACGCCAACCGAUGAGCGCCAUUGCGUGAACAGUGUCUCCAUCAAGUUCGCGUCCGAGAAGUGAGCCUCUAUAGCAUCAAUCAACCCAUUGUGUCUCCAAAACAGUUCAAGGAGUGUAAUUUGAGGUUCAUUAGGACUCGAUAGCCUUUAUAGUUUGUAGCCGGUACUCUGAAUCUGCAAUGCCGAAUAAAAUGUCUCUCAUAGAUUGCCAUUCAGUCUCA